AUGCCCAAGCGCCCGAGUCUUGCCCGCGCGGGUUCGAGUCUAGACUAUGACAAGGACCUGGCUGUCCCCAUGCCCAAGCCGCGCCUUUUUAGGCCUGAGCCGACUUCCCCAACUUUGCGCCAUGUGGAAGAGGCCAGUCUGUCGCCCUGCAGGCCGCAUCUAUUGAAGAAGCGCGCCGUUACAGACCCACCUCGCAUCCACGAAGCCGCUAGCCUUGACAAGUCCGGUUACGAUGCCGGCGAGAACAAGAAAAGGUCUAAGCUGGAUCUUAUCAAAUCGAAGCUCAGUUUCAAGGACCUGCGCAAGGAAUGUGCCAAAGACUCGCCGCUGCCUGUUCGUGUUUCUGUCGUAUCCACGACCGCAAGCCCUAACCUCAUGGCUCGACGCUCAGUGACCACCAUGGGCGUUACACCUCCUUUAGCCAAUAUUCGCAGCCCUAAGUCCCUGCCGCAACGUCCAAUCGAAGUGACCAAGUCUGUCAUCAGAACGAGCAGCUCGUCGAACCCUUCGUCUUUCUUUGCUGCAGCACGAAGCAGAAUUCCUUUGCCUCCUUCUGGAACAUUCUCAUAUGCGCAGGGCACCAUGACCCCCAUCAGGACCUCGAGUCUGUACAAAGAUACCACUACAAUCUCUGAACUGGCUUCUUCAGAAUUUGCCGCCAAGGAUGGGGAUAUGUCUUCCUUGGUAUCACCACCCAUUUCAGCUUCAAAGCUGCGUCCAGACAUUGUCGUCACAUGUCCUAGCUUCGACCGACUGUCCUCGCAGUCGGUCGUACGCACUCCUCACACCCCAGAUAUUCCCUGGAUGCCUGACUACCCGGAAACUGAGGACUCGCCUCCCAAUAUCGGUGACCUUGCUGAAGGUCGCGGCAAAGUCAAGUAUCUUCCCGCCAGCUGGUUGGAGAAGUCGGACAAGAAACCAAAGAGAUUCAAGAGGCCCCGGACACCUACACCAGGACCUGAGGCUCUGGGACAACGUUCAAUUCUAAGUGCAUACAGCAGCAAGGAUGAACCGCCAGUGACCACACUCCCAGACUACCUGCCUUCAUUUCAGGAGCGGCUUCAAAAGGCCAACAUGCCGUUGGGCCAGCCCAUUCCUAUUGAGAUCCAGAACCGCAGCACAGUCUUACAUGUUGACGAAAUUGUGGAAAUUGUCCGAACAAUCCAGAAGCAGACAGACGUUGGCAUCAACACAAUCAGCAAGAAGCUUGAGGAUCUGUCUUUCUGGAUUGGAGAGCAACUUCAGAAUCAGAUCGACAGUAUUGCUGAUCUCGCACGGGCCAAAUCCGAUCUCUUCGCCAAGCAGUGUGAGAUCUCGCGCGAGAUGAUGAAGUUCCAGCUGGAUAUGCGUCUGGAGAUUGGGGUGAUGGAGCGGCGGUUCAACGUGUUUGAGAUGAAGAUGCUCGACGAGCUGCAGGGCGAGAUCCGGGCUCUGGCGCGGUCCUACGAAGAACUCAACGCGAAGACCGAUACUCUCAUCGUGAAGCACUCUUCUAAUGAUAAUCAGCGGUUCAUCGAGUACCACCAGCUGAAGAAUGCGGAGAUCGAGAACGAGAUUGCUCAGAUGAAGGCAAAGCGGGAGAAGGAUGCUGAAACGACACUCGUUCAGCGUGGCAGUCAAUCCAGCUCUGGGAGUAAAGAGUCCUUGAUCAGGCCCAUUGCUAUCAAGCCUGUCCCUGCCCCUAGCUCGCCCUUCUCCAGCAAGCCUGGUGGCACUCGCCUCGCCUCGACAGAGACGCAGGCCACCAUGUCCCUGCCAUGCAACGUCUCCGGGUCCAAGAAGAGUCCUCGCACUAUCGACGGCGUGCUGGAAUCCAAGGACAAACUUUCUCCUCCCAAGCCUGGUAGCAACGAGGACGCAAAGAAAUGGUUCGGACUCCGUCGUCGUCGCCAGGCGAGCGACACCUCGACCAGCGGCAACAAGUUCCCAUGGUCAUCUCGUCGUUCGAGCACGAAAGAAGGCAUCUCUUCCCCGCAGGGUGACAGUAAUAACUUUAACGAGCUUCGCGCAUCUAACUCCUCCACGCCGCCUAUCCCCCCGGUCCCGCGCUCCAUCAUCAACCGCGUCGUCGACGACAUCAAUCGCAGCAGCAAUACCACCACGCCUAGCAAUAUUCACCCUGCCUUGCGCAGUCCUGUGGAACAGGCUAUCAUGCGUGAGCGACAGAUCAAGACUCGACAGGAGCAGGAGCAGAAGGAAGACGGCAUGGUCUCUGAUGUUACGAGCAUUGGGCCUGCUGUUGUUGCUUCUCUUUCUUCUCUGCCAGAGAACACAUCUAGUCCUGCAGGUAUCUCAGCUCAAACACAGCACUCGAAAGAAGGUUCACCAAGCCAGCAUGUGGUGCCGACCACUACGCAAAGUUUCUCAACGGCCGCAAGCUUCCACUCUGCUCUUCCUCCUUGCACCACACCCUCGAGCGAGGAUGAACCUAAGGUGCCGCUUCUUUCGAAUCACCAGUGGGAUAGGCAGGAAUGGGAUAAGGGGUCGGAGCGUGUAUCUCGCUCGACUGCUGGCGACGAACUUCAGUAG